AUGUCCCUAGAGAAUUCCGAAGAUGACCUCGCCCCUGAGCCUGACGUGCCGGGCGACACGGAUUCAACCAUCGGGAGUGACGAUUUCUCUGCUACGACAAGCCUCCGAAGCUCUAUCAUAGACUACCGCGUCGAAAACGGCAGAACAUAUCAUCGUUACAAAGAAGGCAAAUACUUUGGACCAAACGACGAGCUGGAAACCGACCGGCUAGACCUGCAACACCACCUGUUCCUCCUCACAUUCGACAACAGGCUGGGGUUCGCGCCUCCGAAUGAUCCCGAGUGGAAGGGCGGCCGCGUGCUCGACGUCGGGACGGGCACCGGCAUCUGGUGCAUCGACUUUGGCGACGAGCACCCCAACGCGGACGUCCUCGGCUUCGAUCUGUCGGCCACGCAGCCAGAAUUCGUCCCACCCAACGUUCAGUUCGAAGUGGACGACCUCGACAACGAGUGGAUCUACUCGAGGCACUUUGACUACAUCCACAUACGCGGCAUGUCAGGAAGCGUGCGCAGCUGGCCCGAACUCCUCAAAAAGUGCUACGACAACCUCAACCCCGGCGGCUACAUCGAGCUCCAAGAAGUAGAAGAGACAAUAACCCGCGCAGAUAGCUCAGCAUCCACAAGCGAUGCCUUUUCCAGAUCCCUCGCCUACGUCUCCUCGGCCCUAAAAGUCUUUGGGUGCCCCUUUAUCCCUCUCGACGACCUCACGACGCUCAUGACGGAGACAGGCUUCAGCGACGUCCAAGACCGCCGCUUCACCUGGCCCCUCAACAGCUGGCCGCGCAAUCCGCACCUCAAGGAGCUCGGGUCGUGGACGCGCGAGAACCUCGCCUCCAACACGGCUGGCAUGAUCAUGGCGCCCAUGACGCGGGUGCACGGGUGGAGGGAGGAGGAGGUGCACGUCUUUGCCGCCGAGGUGCGGAGGGAUCUCGCUGAUCGUGGGAAUCACGCGUACUGGCCACUCCGCGCUAUUUGGGCCCGAAAGCCCGAGACGUCCGAGUGA